CACACACAAAACAAAAACAUUCAUUACGUAGUCUUGUCUUCUUCUCCUUGACUAGUUUGAGUAAAAGGUCAUGAAUGAUUGAGACAAUAUUUAAAGAGGGGUUUUGUUUUAAAAAAUAAUGAUUUAAUUGGACCUUUCGCAGUUUUCUGAGGAUGUUGUGAACGUAGGUACAUCUGCUCAGGAUGUUUCAUUCCUGUUACGUUACCUCAUGAACUGACAGACGGAUCGCUUGAACAUCAGAGCCGAAUGAAAAACCGUUCGUUUUUGACUAAAGUCUGUCCGAUUUUAUCCCACUUCUUUAAGAAACUGCUGAACUUUGUAACGAUGAGAAGACUUUUAACGAGAGUCAUAAACCGAGUUUUGCUGGGAAAGCAGUUUAAAGCAACGAUGGUAGGAGCUGAAGCGGAGAUUCACACAGAGGGUCGGAGAAAGUUGGUGGUGGGGCUCGGGAACCCGGGGAUGGAGGGUACCAGACACAGCGUGGGGAUGGCGGUGCUGGGAGCGCUGGCUGCCCGGCUCGGUGUGGCCGAUCGUUGGCACGGCGACCGUCAUGUAUCCGGUGAGGUCAUCCUGACGGAGGUCCAGCAGGCCCGCGUGGUUCUGCUCCGUCCCCGGCUGCUGAUGAACGUCAACGGGGUGUCGGUGGCCAGAGCGGCUGGAAAAUACGGAGUUAAGCCUGAAGACAUCCUGCUGGUCCACGAUGAGCUGGACAAACCCUUGGGGAAAAUCGCCAUCAAACAUGGAGGAAGCGCCAGAGGCCACAACGGAGUGCGAUCGUGUGUCGACUGUCUCCAGACUGAUGUGAUGCCCAGACUCCGGGUCGGGAUCGGCCGGCCGGCCGGGAAAACCUCCGUGGAGCGCCACGUUCUGAGUCGGUUCACGACGGAGGAGCAGAAGAUUCUGGAAGCGGUUCUGGUCCAGAGCGUGGAUCUGCUCAUCUCCCAGCUCUCCCAGCAGGACGCGCAGUCUGCCUCCUCACCAGCAGGGGGCAGACGAGCAGCGCAGCACAGGAAGAAGGAGGAGGACUCCACAGCUGUGAUCUGAACUUCCUCUGAUGCAGCCGGUAAAGAUGGCCGCCUGAGGACAGGAGGAGGAAAUCCAUGAAGUUUGAACUUCAGAACAAAGAGAACAAAACGUUGUCUCAUGCUUUUAUAAAGCAUUAAACUGCUGAGAUGUUUCCUCUUAUUUGGUGACUUCUGCUGCAGAAAGUCUGUCUGUGUUGUUAGGCUGCGUUCUCACUGCAGCCUUUCAUGCUCAGUUCAAAUUUAUUUGUGAAAUCAGAUUUUUUUUGGUUCACAUUUCCAAAUGUAUGUGAUCUCCAGUGUGAACUGCAAAUGACCUGAAAAUGUCCUUUGCAUGAACAGUAGAGGGCGCAGUAACGUUGCACACGUUGCGCAGUGUUUCUGCCAACCACCAUAAAAAAGAGAGAAGAAGAAGAAGUGCUCGGUGUUUGUGCAUCCAGACGCAGAACGAUGAUGUUUGUCGAGUAUCGGUGACGUUCAGGUCUGAUGAAACCGACCUGGCCACACAUUUGAAAAGAUCCGAUACAUAUCAAGUUUAGGAAAACGUUUCUGAGCGGGAAAACAUCUGACCUGUUCAGACUCAUGAAAUAUCAGAUGCAGGUCACAUUAAGACAAAAACUAGAUUUGGGUCACUUCAGCCUUAGAGGGUGAAAAACAAAAACAUUCCUCCAUUUUUAAACAAAAACAAGAUGCUGAGAAUUUAUAUAUUUUUCUGUUUUCAUCAAGAUCCUCAGGGAAAAUUCAUGGGAAAAAAUCAAACCAAUCCAAAUAUAAAGAAACUAAUUGAUAUAAUAAACAUAAUUUGGUAACAGGAGGAAAAACCGCGGCCCUCUGGGCUCAGACGAACUUUACAUCAGAAACAUUCAGUUUAAACCAGACUUAGUUGAACUUUACAGGAGGGUAUCAUGUAAAAACUAUUUAUUUGACUUGAUGUGAUGCUAUAAUAUCAUUGAGUUGAUUUGUUUGUAAAUUAAGUUGAUAUUUGUUGUGAAUUGAUGUUAUAUAACUAAAAUGAACUGAACAUUGUGAUGAAACCACCUGAGCAUCUAUAAUCAAACAACAGAGUCUUCAGUCAGAAGUCACCGUUGGAUUACAGACUGCUACAGGAGAUCCUUCCUGCACUCAGUUCUUAGAAGAAACUUGGAUAAUUUGAUUUACAUUAAUUUUCCCUUUGGGUUCAGUAAAGUGUUUUAACUGAAUAAAAAGUCUGAGGCUCCCCAG